CUACUUUUCAGUAUUAGCCUUGAUUUGGUUCUUUUCGUUUUGUUGUGUUAUCCAGCAAAUAAAACCACGGCAGUAAGUCUAUUUUACGUCCAAAAAUCUGAAGAUGGGUUUCCUCUCCGAUGUUUUUUCGCACCAUCUUCACUACUCUGCUGAGCCGCGUUUGAUCAGCUUCUCAGGGGCAGGGACGGCACACACGACCUCCGACGUCGUCGGAGCAGAAUUACCAAUCCCUCAGUCAAGUCGUCCGAAGAUUCAGCACCAUCAUCCCCACCACCACCCCCUCGCAAGGACAUCUUCGCACGACCUCCGACACAGCAGGGGCAAUAGUACCACGCAAACCCCUAUUAAAUGCAAAAAUGUCUGGGUCUGCAAGGUUGCAACUUGUGAUGUUGUCUUUCGAUUCUAAAAAAAAUCUGUAUUGCAUGACCAGCAAGAGAAGUCCAGUCUGUGCUACGCGGGAAGGGUAUUUCUCAUGCGGAAUAGGCAUUAGGAAUCCCUCUAAGAAUCUGUGAUGCUAGAUCAUGCAUUGCAGACAAUCAUGAGCCAUGCAAAAUAUGCAUGACAAACCUCGCAUCCUUCCAGACCCGGACAUAUUUGCAGUUGAUAACCCCGACCUCCUUCAUCCUUCGUUGCUGGUACUCCUUCCGCGGGAAGCAGGAGGGCCAGGAGUGCCAGGAUAUCAACUGCAAAUAUGUCUGGGUCUGGGAGGAUGCAACUUGUCAUGCUACCUUUGGACUCUACAUAAAACCUGCUGUACUGCAUGAACAGCAAAAGAGGUCCAGUUUUUGCCACGCGAAGGGAGCAUUUGUUUCUCAUGCGGUAUGAGCAUUAGAAAGCUCUCGCAGAUUGUGUGAUGUUCGGGCAUGCGUCACAGACUUCAUUGGUCAUAGAAAAUAUGCAUGACAAACUUGGUGCUUUUCCAGACCCAGACCACAUAUUUGCAGUGCAUACGGGACACGAGAAGCCGAUUCGAGAACGCAGAGUUCGUCGACAUGCUGCCACACGACGACGAAAGCAAGUGCGCGGUCCACUCGGGAGGGGUGUACUACAUCGUGAACAACCUCACGCUAUCAAAUGCAAAAAUGUCUGGGUCUGGAAGGUUGGAACUUGUGAUGCUAGCCUUCCACUCUAAAAAAAUCUGUUUUGCAUGACCAGCAAGACGAGGAGUCUAGUUUGCGCUACGCGGGGAGGGCGUUUGUCAUGCGGAGUAGGCAUCAGGAAGCCCUCUAAAAAUCUGUGGUGCUAGGUCGCGCAUUGCAGACAUCCUGGGUCAUGCAAAACAUGCAUGACAAGUCUCAGAAUCUUCCAGACCUAGACACUUUUGCAUUUGAUACAGGCCCGGAACCGCGAAGGGCAACUGGUUUCCCUCCGCCCCAAACGACACGCUGGAGUUUCCGACGGAGAACUGGCACAAGUGCUGCGUCCCGAAGGACGACGACGGGACGGGGCAGAUGAUCUGCGAAAAGGCCCGGCUGGUUGAGCGCGAGUCGGUCAAGCGCAUGUACGAUGGCUACUGCGGACUGAAAAUAUCGUAGUUGGCAACGAACUCCCCCUCCCCAUAAUUCUUUGAAAAGUUGUAAGUGCUCACUAUCUUUUUAUCACAUGAACAAGAACCCCACCGCAGCACGGAAGGGCAGAAAUAAGUAAAAAAGAAAUGUCGCUUCCGUAUGACAAAUCUUCCACAUCACACGAACUUGCUGCUUACCCGAGCGCGACUUGGGUCUACUUCGCUCAGCAUUUAUUUGUCAUGCAAGCACUGCUAAAAAGCGAACCGAAGGCCGGAUUUCAUGUACUUAGCACGACAAACAAGGGGCCUGGGGACGAGUUGUGCGCGGUCAUAGAACACCUGUGUCGGCUACAAGGACCGGUGUUUGGAAGAGGCCCAGGUGUCGGAGUACAGCGAGCACGGGGAUGUGUACCGGAAGGAGUGCCCGAAAAACUGCCCCAACACCUGUCUAAAGACGUACAUGACGCGGAAAUGUAUCUACACCGGCACCGAACCUAAGGAAGGGUACGAAGGGUUUCCGACGCCGCUAGACCCGGUGUCUAAGGAAUAUCUCGGCUACAAAGUGAUUGACCUAGGAAUGAUGAAGGAUGAAGUGACAAAACUCGAACCGGAAGUAAAAUAGGAACGUGAUGUAGAAAUAAGCGAGGGUCAAACAAGAGCGGAAAUGUAGUGCAAAAAUACCAUACGACCACAAGCGCCAGCGUCUCACCUUUCUCCACUUCUGUGCUUCAU